UUGUUUCGACCCUUCUAUCCCUGUACCCUUCUCAGAUCCCAUUUUUCCCAAUUUUAAAUCUUUAGCUUCGAUAUAUUUUAAUCUGGGUGAGAACUCAGAGCACGUUCAAGUCAAUUGGGAAUCUCUCUCUGUCCGACUCUCUCUCUCUCUCUCUCGCUGAAAUCUCAAUAUUUCAUCGAUUUCUUUUCCAGAUUCGUGGGCUUCUCUUUCAUCGAUUUCACGUUUUGGGUCCUUCAAUUUCGGAAUUCUUCAUAUGACAAAAGGGUGCUUAUAUAGGGAUUAAAGUGAAGAAGAAGGAUUGCUUUGUGUAAAAUUUGGACAGAUAAAUCUGGCUGGGUUUAUCACGGAAUAGAUGUUUAUGGAUAUGUUCUCUGUUCAGAAGUGGAAAUGCUCAUGGUCUUUGAUAGCAGCAAUUGCUUCUAUUGUGGCAUUAGUUUCCGUAGUUCAUCUAUUCCUGUUUCCUUUGGGGCCUUCUUUUGAUUACUUCAAGCAAGCUCAAAACGCUUGUGUCCCGGUUAAUGGAUCAUCCGAGGCAACAACCAACCAUGUUAGGGAAGAUCUACAGCCGACAGCUGAUUUAGAUCAAAGGUUUCCAGCUGACUUGCAUAAGGGGGUUGUCUACCGUGGUGCACCAUGGAAGGCUGAGAUUGGACAGUGGCUUUCUGGUUGUGAUUCAGUUACCAAAGAAGUCAGCAUUGCUGAGAUAAUAUGUGGCAGUAUCUGUGAAAAAGACUGUAGCGGUCAUGGGGUCUGUAAUCGUGAAUUGGGACAAUGCCGGUGCUUUCAUGGAUAUAGUGGAGAAGAAUGCUCCAAAAGACAACAGUUGAAAUGCAACUACCCACAAUCACCAGAACAACCAUAUGGGCGAUGGGUUGUCUCAAUAUGCCCCACUUAUUGUGACCCUACACGAGCAAUGUGCUUCUGUGGAGAAGGCUCAAAAUACCCAAAUCGUCCAGUGCCUGAGGCCUGUGGGUUUAACAUAAACUUACCUUCUGAACCUGGUGCUCCCAAACUGACUGAUUGGACAAAAGCUGACCUUGAUAAUAUUUUUACGACCAAUGGUAGCAAACCAGGAUGGUGUAAUGUGGACCCAUCUGAAGCAUAUGCUAACAAGGUGCAAUUCAAAGAGGAAUGUGACUGCAAAUAUGAUGGUCUCUGGGGGCGAUUCUGUGAAGUUCCUGUUCUAUGUACUUGUAUUAAUCAAUGCUCUGGACAUGGGCAUUGCCGUGGUGGAUUUUGUCAAUGCGACAAUGGAUGGUAUGGAAUAGAUUGCAGCAUUCCAUCUGUUGUGUCUUCUAUCAGAGAGUGGCCUCAAUGGCUUCGACCAGCUCAGUUUAAUGUUCCUGAUCAUGCACACCUCACAGCGAAGAUUGUCAAUCUCAAUGCCCUGGUGAAAAAGAAAAGGCCCCUUAUUUAUGUUUAUGACUUGCCCCCAAGUUUCAACAGCCUUCUUCUUGAGGGUCGCCAUUUUAAGUUCGAGUGUGUAAACAGAAUAUAUGAUGACAAGAAUGCAACAUUGUGGACAGAUCAGCUGUAUGGUGCCCAGAUGGCACUGUAUGAAAGCAUCUUAGCGAGUCCACAUAGAACACUGAAUGGUGAAGAAGCAGAUUUUUUCUUUGUUCCUGUGCUUGAUGCAUGCAUAAUAACUCGUGCUGAUGAUGCUCCUCACUUGAGCAUGGAGGAGCAUAUGGGCUUGAGGAGUUCUCUCACUCUGGAAUUUUAUAAGAAUGCCUACGAUCACAUUGUCGAGAAAUAUCCUUACUGGAAUCGCUCAUCAGGAAGAGACCAUAUUUGGUUCUUUUCCUGGGAUGAAGGUGCUUGCUAUGCCCCUAAGGAGAUAUGGAGUAGCAUGAUGUUGGUCCACUGGGGUAACACAAACUCAAAGCAUAACCAUUCAACAACAGCCUAUUGGGCUGAUAACUGGGAUAGAAUUCCUUCCAGUCGAAGAGGCAACCACCCAUGCUUUGAACCUGAGAAAGAUCUUGUGCUGCCUGCUUGGAAACGUCCGGAUGGUUUUGCAUUAGGCUCAAAAUUUUGGGCGAGGCCCCGAGAUAAGCGAAAGACACUGUUCUAUUUCAAUGGAAAUCUAGGACCAGCUUACCUAAAUGGAAGGCCGGAAGCUUCGUAUAGUAUGGGUAUUAGACAAAAAAUAGCAGAAGAGUUUGGAUCAAGCCCUAACAAGGAAGGCAAACUUGGGAAACAGCAUGCAGAAGAUGUGAUUGUAACACCACUACGUUCUGAAAAUUAUCACGAGGAUUUAGCCAGCUCUGUUUUCUGUGGGGUAUUUCCUGGAGAUGGUUGGAGCGGUCGAAUAGAAGAUAGUAUUCUGCAAGGGUGCAUUCCUGUGGUCAUUCAGGAUGGGAUUUUCCUGCCAUACGAGAAUGUGCUCAACUAUGAAAGCUUUGCUGUUCGGAUACACGAAGAUGAAAUUCCAAAUUUGAUAAAGAUUCUCCGGGGAUUCAACGAGACAGAAAUAGAAUAUAAGCUGGCCAAUGUACGGAAAAUCUGGCAGAGGUUCUUGUAUCGUGAUUCUAUUAUGCUUGAAGCUGAGAGGCAAAAAACAGCUUUUGGCCAUGUUGAGGACUGGGCAGUUGAUUUCUUGCAAUUAAUUGAAGACGAUGUCUUUGCCACAUUUAUACAGGCUUUGCAUUACAAGUUACAUAAUGACCCAUGGAGACGACAUGUACAUGUACAUCUAGAAAAAGAGUUUGGGUUACCUAGAGAAUGUUUGAUAGGAACCAACUGAGAGACUGCUGCUGCUGAAGGGCUCACAAGUUGAAAGCAUGAAGACAUGACCACUCUCAUUGGGAGUUCAGAUUCAUAGAAAGUACCUCAAAGCCUGUACAGAUGGUAGCAGCCAGUUAAAAGAGUGCCUGAAAACCAUUUCUCCGAUUGGUAUUUCAUUCAGAAACCAUUUUUCUGACAAGAGUUGGACUCAUACAGAAUUUCUUCUUCUUCCAGCAUACAUGUGAGAUACAUAUUUGCAUCUUGUUUCGGCUCAUUAUAUUCAGGAAAGUACUAAUAAGAAAAUUCAAUAAAAUCUUUGCUCAUUUCUUGUUUACAUGAAAAUAUAUGGAAUAAUAUGUCUAUUUUG